GACAAACAGGACGAGGUAGGCAAAUCCCAUCCCCGCCCGCCCCAUUCCCCGAUCAAAGCGGGGAAUCCCCGCGUUAACCUUGGAAAAUUGACACGGGGCUCCGUUGAGGCGGGACAAAUUGCCAUCCCUAGGAGUGAGGUGGGCUUUCGGGAUUUUGGGCAAACAGCUAGUCAACUACAUUCAAUAAAACAAAAGCUGACUCCGAAGUACGAGUAG